AUGAUUUUCUCAAAAAUAGAGACAAAUUAUAUGCAAUGUGAAUCGGAUUUAGAAUAUGAAAUUUUGCAGGAAUAUGGACUUAUAGCAAAAAAUUCAUACAUCAUUGAAGUUAUAAUAUUUUAUACAGUUGGAGUAGAAUAUGUUUCCUUGCCUCUUAUUCCAUUUUUUCUGGAUAUAGUAAGACCGUUAAAUGAAUCUCGACCAAGAUCACUUAUUAUGCUCGCUGAAUAUUAUGUUGAUUCUAACAAUGAUUAUAAUUAUAUAGCAAUAACAAUACAUCAAGUGCUCGUAUCACUUAUAUUAGCUACAGUUAUUGUAACAAUUGAUGGAAUCUUUAUAGUCUUUAUCUACCAUGCUUCUGGUCAAUUUAAAAUACUAGGGUUUGUAAAUGAAGUUAGUGAAUGCUUUUCAAUGCCUUACUUUUUUGGUUUGGGAUUGAAUAUGCUAAUGAUAAGCUUUACAGGAGUUCAGUUAAUUAUAAAUUUGGAUAAUCAGAGUGAAACUGUAAAACUUAUUAUAUAUAAUUCGGGGCAAAUUGUUCGUCUCUUUUGUUUAGCAUUGCCCAGUCAGCGUCUAAUUGACCAGAGUACUCUACUUUUUCAACAUAUAUAUGAAAGCUACUGGUACACUUUAUCUUAUGAGUCAAAAGGAAUGUUAGGAAUGUUGAUGCUGAUGUGUAUAAAACCCGUGACUUUUACAGCGGGAAAAUUGUUCUCUUUCUCAAUGGGCACCUUUAGUGCUGUUGGUAUCAAUUAUCAAUUUUGA